AUGCCACCCAUGAGGAGGGAUCGUGUGGAAGAUGUUUAUGACCAUGAAAAUCUGCAACAUCUGGAGCAGAGGCUGGAUCAGCUGGAUCAGAGGGAUCAACAGCAAAGAGGCCUAAUCGAGGAAGACAGGCAGCAAUGGAAGACGGGCAUUCGGAUUGAUAUUCCCGAAUUCCAAGGGGGUUUGCAGCCAGAAGAGUUUCUAGAUUGGCCGGCAACGGUAGAAGAGGUUUUGGAGUUCAAUGGGGUACCUGAGACCAAGCGGGUACAGCUUGUGGCGAUUCGGUUGCAUGGUAGGGCGUCGACAUGGUGGCAGCAGAGGAUCAUGUACCAACGCCUGCAGAACUUGAGUCAGGGCAGUAGGUCGGUGGAUGAUUACACCAACAAGUUCUACCAGUUGGUUGCUCGUAACGAGCUUCAGGAAACCGAGGAUCAGCUGGUGGCGAGAUAUAUUGGCGGGCUGAGAGUGCAGUUACAAGACACGAGGGCCCUGAUUAUCGAAAGACAGCAGAAGCGAGCGAGCAGCGGGGUGUUCGGUGGAGGUGUUGCCGUUGCAGGAACCGGUGGGGCCGUCCGAGCUGGCGUUAGUAGUGCUGUUCUUGGACAUCUGAUGAGGCCUGCCAACAUUGGGCCGAGUAGUAGUAGGGCGAAGUGCUUCAAGUGUGGCGAGCCCGGGCAUCGACAAUCUGAGUGCAGAAAAAGGGAAAAAAGGGCGAUGUUUAUUGAAGAGGAAUUGUCUGAUGACGUAGUUUAUGUAGCUGGAGGCGAUGGAGAGGUCGAGUUUGACGAGGAGGAAGAAAUUGUGACUGGAGAUGGAGUGCCCAAUCUGGUGGUGAGGAGGUCUUAUAUGACCCCGAGAGCUGCGGACGAAGAUUGGCUGCGAAACAACACCUUCCAGUCCACCUGCACCAUCGAGAAUAAAGUCUGUCGUUUCAUGAUAGACUCGGGCAGUUGGGAGAACAUCGUAUCUGUUGAGGCCGUGCAGAAGUUGAUCCUGCGAAGUGAGCCACAUCCCAAACCUUAUAAGCUGGCAUGGCUGAAGAAAGGAGGUGAAGAGGAGUUGCAUGAUGCAGAGUUUAUGUUUGCUCUCGUGGGCAGGGAGGUUGUGGAGGAGGGUCUUACGUCUUGUGAGUCCUUACCGAUCUUGAAAGAAUUUCAGGAUGUCUUUCCUGAGGAGCUGCCAAAUGGUCUACUACCCUUGCGGAACAUCCAACACCAUAUCGACCUGCAGCUUGGUGCAGCCCUUCCGAACAAACCACACUACAGGAUGAGCCCGGCUGAACAUGAAGAGUUAAGGAGACAGGUGGAGGAGCUGAUAUCGAAAGGGUAUCGUUUUCCCAUUCCUCGCUUGGAUGAUCUGCUUGACCAGCUGAGUGGUGCCAGGAUUUUUACGAAGCUGGACUUGAAGAGCGGCUAUCACCAGAUUCGGAUUCGUGUUGGAGAUGAAUGGAAGACCGCAUUCAAGACUAAGGAGGGGUUAUAG